UGUGUGCGGUCGGACUGUGGUUGUGUUUCAGGUCUGGUCGUGUUGAUAUCGACACACUUCGGACGCAUUUCAUCGCGGAGAGAUGGGAAUUCAGAAGAAAUGGCUCUGAAACAAAUUGCCCUAACGCUGCUGGCCCUGUUCGGGUUGGUGGCGGUCGGUAAUGCUCUACGUUGUAACUGCACAAACUGUGAGAAGACAGGCUAUGAGUGCGAGACCGAUGGCGCCUGCAUGGCCUCCACGUAUUACAUUGAGGGGAAGGAGCAACACGUACGCAUCUGUAUCAACCGGGACAACCUGGUCCCCCCUGGACAACCCUUCUACUGCCUGAGUGCUGAAGGCCUGCUCAACACACAUUGCUGCUAUGAAGAUUACUGCAACAGUAUUGACCUGAAAGUUCCCGUCCCAACAAAGGAGGGGGACUGGUCAGGCUCAGGAAGCUCCUGGGGGCCGGUGGAGCUGGUGGCGGUGAUCGCAGGGCCGGUGUUCCUUCUCUGUGUGCUGCUGAUGGUCGGCGUGUUCCUGUUCCAGUAUCAUCAGAGGGCCUACAGCCACAGGCAGAGGCUGGAAGUAGAGGACCCAUCCUGUGACCAUCUGUACUUGGCCAAGGACAAGACCCUGCAGGACCUCAUCUAUGACAUGUCCACCUCCGGAUCAGGCUCUGGUUUGCCCCUUUUUGUGCAGCGGACGGUGGCUAGGACCAUUGUGCUGCAGGAGAUAAUCGGAAAGGGUCGCUUUGGUGAGGUGUGGAGAGGGAAGUGGAGGGGAGGAGAUGUGGCGGUGAAGAUCUUCUCGUCCAGAGAGGAGCGCUCCUGGUUCAGAGAGGCUGAGAUCUACCAGACAAUCAUGCUACGCCACGAAAACAUCCUAGGCUUCAUUGCAGCAGACAAUAAAGACAAUGGCACAUGGACUCAGCUGUGGCUGGUGUCAGACUAUCAUGAGUACGGCUCACUUUUUGACUACCUGAACCGCUAUUCUGUCACCAUCGAGGGCAUGAUCAAACUGGCACUGUCCGCUGCCAGCGGCCUGGCACACCUCCACAUGGAGAUCCUCGGCACUCAGGGUAAGCCUGGCAUUGCUCACCGUGACCUCAAGUCUAAAAAUAUCCUGGUCAAGAAGAACGGCAUGUGUGCCAUAGCUGACCUCGGCCUGGCUGUCCGCCACGAGUCCAUCACAGACACAAUCGAUAUAGCACCGAACCAGCGCGUGGGCACUAAGAGGUAUAUGGCUCCAGAAGUCCUGGACGAAACCAUCAACAUGAAACACUUUGAUUCCUUCAAGUGUGCCGACAUUUACGCGCUGGGUCUGGUGUACUGGGAGAUUGCGCGUCGCUGCAAUGCGGGAGGUAUACACGAGGAGUACCAGCUGCCCUACUAUGACCUCGUGCCCUCUGACCCUUCCAUAGAGGAGAUGAGGAAGGUGGUGUGUGACCAGAAACUGAGGCCCAAUGUGCCCAACUGGUGGCAGAGCUAUGAGUCACUGCGCGUGAUGGGGAAGAUCAUGAGGGAGUGCUGGUACGCCAAUGGAGCGGCCAGACUGACGGCCCUGCGCAUCAAGAAGACCCUGUCUCAGCUCAGCGUGGAGGAGGACGUCAAGAUGUGAGCGGCCAGGCGGCCCAAAAAGGCGCGCUGGGGACGAACAAACCAGACCACACUCCCAUAGGAAACAAACACUAAAGACAGACUGCAAAUGAAAACCCUGCCAGUUUUAAAGCCACACUCCAAGUUGUGACGAGGCCUACCUCACCUUUUUAGCCAAAACUACUGAGAGUCACCCUCCCCUUCCUGACUUUUGUCCCCCCCCCCGCCUCCCUUUGUUCCUCGUGUCUCCACCCUGUCCCCUUCGACCCCCUUCUCCAUGGGCCACAACACUACAGCACUACCACUGUUAAUAUCAUCACACUCACCCUCGUUUUGUUCUGUUUUCCCAUGGCAGGAAUAACUGUUGUACAGUGACGGGAUUUUUUUUUUUGUUCAAUCUUUUUUACCUCUCUGAAAUCUGUCCUGUGACGGACUAACUUUGUCCAGAAGAGUCGAGGACAUUGUGGGUUUUAGAAUAAUAACACUUCAUAAUUCUGUUGGCCAUGCAACAUCACAUUCUGUUGCUAUGAGUGUGUGUGAGGGGGGGGGAAAGAGGCUGAAGCACUGUUUCCAGUCGCGUGCGCGUGAAAGGUGUCUGGACUACAAGCAUGUUUCUGAGACACCGAGACGUCCUCUGGUAAAGGCUGUAGUUCAUUAGACAGAACCAGUGAUGGGACGUUUGGUAAUUAGGCACGAACAGCCAGAUUUAGCUUUUCAAUCCCUCACUUGAAUAUCCUACGAACAGAAACGAGUUGCACUCAACUGUAGCUUCCUCAUCACGUGUGACACCCGCAGGUGUCACUUAACGGAUGCGGUCCAGUCCUGGUGUUAGUUUGAAAUGUGGCAGGGAUAAUGUUUGGGAUGGUUUUACUUUUAUUUAUUUGUUGAUAGUUUUUUUUCUUCUUUUUGUUAAAUUUCAUAUUGAUGAACACUGUGAGAUGAGAUGUGACGAGCCAGAGUAAUGACAUGAAAAUUAACGUCGUAGUUCAGUCCAAGUCUUCACCACCUUUCAGCCGUUAGACUGGGGGUUUGUCGCAUUCAUUUAAUAAGAUACGGGGUGCAAAUGUGGAUAUAGCCAUAACCCCGCCGGUGACAUGUGACGACGUCAGUGAGCAAAUAAGGCGUAUGAAAUGGAAAUGAUUUUUUUUUAAAUAUAUUUUUGUGUUUUGUGUAAAGACAUCAUGAUGGGUGUUUUCUUUUGACUUUGACAUUAGACACUACUGAUGAUGGGUACAUAUGAUUUGUAUAUAAAACAUGCAUUUUUUUUUCUUUUAUGCCACAAGCACCAGUGUGACAUUUGAACAGUGAUUUUUUUUUUUCUCCUUGAAUGGUACUUUCAGAAGUCUGUUGUUUGAUCUGUCUGCAUGGUUUCUAACUGUGCCAGGAAAUAGACUGUGUCAUCUGCUGGAAUUUGUUUUUAACUUACUCCUCUUAUGGCGAUUUGGUGGUACUACUGAUCCCAGAUAAUUUUGCUGCAACUUCUGUUUUGUUUUGUUUUUUUUAAUGUAUAAUUGUUGGACUUGCUUGUUGAGUUCUUUUCAGAGCUCAGUAAUGCAGAUCUGUUUCUACAUAUGUCCUCCGGGGUGAUAUCUCUUUCUCAUUGACACUGGAAUAUUUAGGAGCUUCAUGUAACCUUGAAUUCUGAUACUGCCAAUGGCUAUUUAUUCAGAGAUAAAGAUAGCUGCUGACAGUUCACACACAGGGAACAUGCAAGUAGAUGUGAAAAGUAGUUGAAACGUUUUACCUUCAAAGACUGACAUGCUGUAAAGUGAAACUGCAUGUUUUCAUUCUACUUUGUCGUCUGCAGCUUGGAGUCUGUCUGCAGACAAAACUAUGAAAGUAUUACACUGACAUUUGUCACCAUUGGGCUCUGCACUGUUAUGUCCACAUGGACUUUAGUUAAUUAUAGUUAUGUCAUCACUUGAUUCAGAAUCCAUGUGUCAUGUUAGUAUCCAUUUUGCAUGCUGUCUCAAACACUGGGUCCUCUGCACUGAGGUAGAUGAACUUAAGACUUGUCUUUUCCUCUUCCUACCUGUCGUUUUCUUUCUUCCUUUUUGUUCGGGUUGUUGGCUGUGUACCCCAGAAAUGUUGCUGCUACUGAUAACAUGGGUGGAAGUUCAGCAGGCAGAUUGGAGAAGGAGAGCUGGGAGGGGAAGUGGAAGGCUGCUGUCAGUUGAACCAAAAUUGUCAAAACACUCCUGUCCAUGUUUGGUUUGUUGCCAUGGGUAUAUGACCAUCAGACAUCCUGUUCAUACGUAAUACUUCAAGAUUUGAAAUCAUGUUGUGCAAAUCUUUUCAGGAUUAGAUGAAACGUGUAUAUAGAUGAUACAAUAAAUUCCUCUUUUUCGUA